ACAGAUCAGUCACAUCACAUCCUCAAUCCCUCCUAAGCUGUUAUGGCUAGAGUCAAUAUGAGAGCGAUUGUGUUGCUGUGUCUGCUGCAUACAGCCUCAACGAAUAACCUGUUCAGCUGGGACGGACCGGGCCGCGCUGCACCCGAACCAGGUUCUGAUGCGGGCAGUGCAUGCAGCACGGACAAGUCGUCUUGCGGUUGCUGCCUGAUGGUGCGAAAAACUAACCAGAUGAAGACGUACUUCGACACCACCCUGACUGAGCUGGAGAAUGAAUUCAUGAAGGCAAACCAAAGCCUUCACACUAUGAAAGAGAGCCGCGUCGCCUUCACUGUUUCCCUGUACGGUCGCGAGACUAUCAUGUGUCACGGCCCCUUCAGGGACAACCGCAUUGUCACCUACAAAGACGUCCUCCUGAACUAUGGUGGGGCCUACAAUACAAGCAGUGGUAUCUUCACUGUACCCCACUCCGGUGUCUACAGUCUGACCGUCACCAUCUACAGUGAUGCUGGUUCUCCUGGGAACAUGCUGGCCGCUUGCGCCACCCUGCAGGUCAACGGGAAAGCAGUGGCCGGGGCCAGAGACUUCAAUCCAAACGACCAAGAGGACAGCGCCACGAUUGUGCUGGCCCUUCACCUAAAAGCGGGAGACAAAGUGUCUGUCGAGUUGACCAAAGGCUGCUUCCUUUGUGAUGACUCCAGCCACUACAACACAUUCAGUGCCUUUCUGCUCUAUCUAACUGAAUGAGUUAAAGAGGUGGUUCCCAUACCAACUGAGUCCAAUCUAAACUCAGUGCCAUCAUAUGUGGUAUCAGCUAGAGCAAUUUGAAUGCAUAUCAACCUCAAAAUCUGUCUCUUUACGCUGUAACAGCCUCACUUUGUAGUUAAAAUCCACACAGCUGUAACAUUUGAUCAAAUCAAAGAUUGCAGACACAGUAUGUGACUUUUUUUUUGCCAUGUUGAGGAGAUAUGUUACGUCUAAACUGGAUGAACUGAUGACAAAAAUCCAAAGUGUUGUCUCAUGAAAAUGUCUGAUGGAUGAUACAUUUAUUGUAUUUCUUGAAUAAAGCAUGCCUUUUACAGUUUUGACUGUGCUGUUAACGAAGACGAGAUUCAAAAUAAACCAUGACAAAACA